UGCUCCAAGAUUAAAAUACCCACAGAUAUCAAUUUGCUUAUUGAUGAUUUAUUAGCAAUACAGCCAACAACUGUUGUUCCUCCUCCAUAUAUUGAAUCAGAAGAUAUUGACACAAAAAUGGAUUUGACCUAUCGAUUCAUGUUACGAUCCACAUAG